UUAUUCAGAAGUUUGUAGUUAUCGACCCACCCUUACUUGAAACUUUCGCUCAAUCACGCUGAGGUUUAAAAAAAUGUUGCAGAAUGUAGACAUUGCUUUAUCAAUGUAAUAAUAACAAAAUGUUGUAAAAAACAAAUUACUUUUGAUCCUAUCGGAUUAUUUAACUAUGGAAACUUUAUCGAAAACAAAUGUCAACCUGAAAGACUCAGAAAUUUCAACGUCAGAGCAAGAUUUGCUUCUUGCUGCUGAAAUCGGUCAAGCAUUGUUAGAAAGAAAUAAAGAACUAGAGAUGCUUUUAAAAAAUACUCAAGAAUAUGCUGAGGAGCAAGAAGAGAAAGCUAAAUUUUAUUACAAUCAGGUUGAAAGUUUAAGAGAAGAAAAAGUUUUAUGUACUCAGUUUUAUGAGCAACUUGAAGCAGCAAAUCAAAAACUUGCUGACAAAUAUAAACAAUAUAAGAAUAAUUGUAAAUUGUUAACAGGUAAAAAUGAUUAUCUAUGGGAGCACAUACAUUUAUUAGAAAAAAAAAAUGAAGAAUUGCGUGUUGAAUUAAAUAAUCUAAACACUGAAGCUAAUACAAAUGAAAACAAUGGUGGAAAACCUAUUAAAGAGAAUAGCCAAACAGCAGAUGUUAUUUCUAUAGAAAUUGAAAGUAUAGACAGCACACUGCUACAAGAUGAAGAAAAACAGUUUGACGAUAUAAAAAAAUUAGAAAAACAAGUAGACCAGUUAACUUUGUAUAUAUCUGAGCUGAAAGUACAAUUAAAUAUCAUGAGACUUCAAAAGGAGGAAGUUGAGCUCAAUUUGGAGAGUAUUUUACAUGAGAAUGACAUUCUUCAGAAAAAAGUAACAUCAUUAAAUCAGGAAGUUCGUGAGUGGGAAACAUUUGUACAUCGAGAAGAGAAUUACAAACAUAUUGCGAAAGCAUUUUCCCCAAAACAUUUUAUUGAGCUUGAUGACAAUAAAGACGCAUGCAAAAAAAUUUUCAUGGUUAAAGCUAAAUCUUGUGAGUUUCUUAAUAAAAGUAAACAGUGUUCUAAUGAAAGAGAAUCAAACAAUACCUUUUUUUCUCAAAAUAGCAGUUCUUUCUUAAGAGAACUAGAUACGGACUACGCGGACUUAGUGAGACGUUAUGAAGAAUUACUAGAAAAGUUUCAAAACAAAGAAAAAUUGAAUGAAAAUCCGGAAAAAGUAAGAAAAGUUCAACGUGCAAUACAAACUCUUUCUUUUGAUUUUACAUCAAAAAUAUCUCCUAUGACUCCUUUGAAAACUUUGUUUGCUACUCCCAAUGAAUCUUUAAAUACUAAUUUAGAAUUAAUUGAAAAUAAUGAUCAUUCUGAAUCAUUGACAGUAUUUCCUGAUACUUCUAUGAACAAUCAUUUAGAUUACAAAAAGAUUUUUUCUGAAAUCUUUAUUAAAUUAAAUGAAUCAAAAAGAAUUUGAUACUAAAUAUUUAGCACUAUCACCCAAAUGCUGUUUAAAUAUUUGUCAUUCACGCAAUUCAACGUCUCUUUUUUGAAUAAACAAUAUUAUAAUAACUAACUGUUAUUUUAAUUUCAUAUUGCAGUAAAUUUUAAUAAACAAACUAUUUAUUUAAAAGAAAUCUUUAAAAUAUUUUUUUAGGUUUUAUUUAUAACAAUUUUUUUUUCCUUUUACUUAUACACAAAGAAUUUUACUUUUAGAAGUUAGACGUAUAAAUUAAAUUUUUUUAUUGAUAUUUUUUAUACUAUUUAUUUAUCUGCAUUUCUUUUAUUACUAUCUUAACAAAACUUUAGAUAGGUGGAAUUUUGCUCUUGUAAAAAUUUAUAAAUUCAAUAAACAUUGUAAAAUAGAAGAAAAUAAUUUGUAUGCCA